GCUCCCCGGCCGGGCGCGCCCGUCGCCCCUCCUUCCCGGCCGCCCGCUCCGCCCGCCGGCUCCGCGGCCCCCGCCCCCGCGGGUCCCGGGCCGGGGGUGGGGGGGCCGCGAGGCAGGCACAGCCCCCCGCCCCCAUGGCCGCCCGUCGGAGCCAGAGGCGGAGGGGGCGCCGGGGGGCGCCGGGCACCGCCCUGCUGGCGCCGCUCGCGCUCGGCCUGGGCCUGGCGCUGGCCUGCCUCGGCCUCCUGCUGGCCGCGGUCAGCCUGGGGAGCCGGGCAUCGGCGCCCGCCCAGGAGCCUUCCCAGGGGGAGCUGGUGGCGGAGGAGGCCCCGGACCCGCCGGAACUGAAUCCCCAGACAGAGGAAAGCCAGGAUCCUGGGCCUUUCCUGAAGAGGCUGGUUCGGCCUCGCAGAAAUGCACCUAAAGGCCGGAAAACGCGGGCUCGCAGAGUCAUUGCAGCGCAUUAUGAAGUUCACCCACGACCGGGACAGGACGGAGCGCAGGCCGGUGUGGACGGCACGGUGAGCGGCUGGGAAGAGGCGAAAAUCAACAGCUCCAACCCGCUGCGCUAUGACCGCCAGAGCGGGGAGUUUCUCGUCGUGCGCGCCGGGCUCUAUUACCUCUACUGUCAGGUGCACUUUGACGAGGGGAAGGCUGUCUACCUGAAGCUGGACUUGCUGGUGGAUGACGCGCUGGCCCUGCGCUGCCUGGAGGAGUUCUCGGCCACGGCCGCCAGCGCCGUGGGGCCCCAGCUCCGCCUCUGCCAGGUGUCUGGGCUGUUGCCCCUCCGGCCGGGGUCCUCCCUGCGGAUCCGCACCCUCCCCUGGGCCCAUCUCAAGGUCGCCCCCUUCCUCACCUACUUUGGACUCUUCCAGGUUCACUGAGGGGCCCUGGUGGCGCCCCCACCGCGGCUGUCUCGGUGCGCCCCUCCCCCCGUGCGCCCCCCUCCUCCCCCGUUCCCCCCCCACCUGCCCGCCCUCUGCAGGCUGCUUGGACUUGUUCACGUUUGUUUCCACGCCACAUAGAUAACCCCCUUCUCCUCUGACGCCCCCCCUCCACCUCACUAGCUCCUGAACCCCUAGUCUUCCGUCGCCCCCAUUAAUCUCCUGACCCCUGCCCUGGCCACAACCCCCCAGGACACUGUGUCUACUCUACUCUGGGUGAGGAUGGGUCCCCAAUCCCCCCCACCUUCAGGCACUAAUAGGAGCUGGAUGCCAGGGAGCCUGGGACUAGGCCGGGAGUUCCCAAAUGCGAGGGCUAAGAGCAAGCCAAGCUCCUUCCCUGAUAAUUCCCUGUGGAUUUUUAAGAAGCAGAUAUUAUUUUUAUUAUUAUUGUGACAAAAUGUUGAUAAGUGGAUAUUAAAGAGAAUAAACCAC